AUGAGUACAGUUUCCAGCGAAAGGCUUAAGCGACAUGGCUUUGCUCCAUUGGCGGAUGGCUCGGCGGCAUCACCACCGAACAAUGAAAUGCAGCUGAAGGGUAUCAUCUUUGACAUGGACGGAACUCUUUGCGAGCCCCAAAACCACAUGUUCGGCGAAAUGCGCUCAGCCAUCGGCAUCCCCAAGUCAGUCGACAUACUCGACCACAUCCACGCACUACCUGCGGAAGAACAAGACGCCGCCUUCGCCAAAAUUCAAGCAAUCGAGCGUCGAGCCAUGGCCGACCAAGUCCCGCAAGCUGGACUCGUCAGUUUAAUGGAGUAUCUGGACGAACGAGGUAUCAAGAAGGGGAUCUGUACCAGGAACUUUGACACUCCAGUCAACCAUCUUCUAAGCAACCAUUUACCCGGCCACAUCAACCCGUUCGCUCCGAUCAUAACGCGCAGUUUCAGGCCCCCUAAGCCGUCUCCCGCGGCUCUGCUGCAUAUAGCUCACGCAUGGGGUAUCACGGCGGAUGCACAGGUACCGGAGACGCCACCGCAGGAUAGACUACUUCCUUUGGUGAUGGUCGGGGACAGCGUUGAUGACAUGGCAGCUGGUUAUGAUGCGGGCGCGUUAACCGUGUUGCUGCGAAGUCCCGGCAAGGAGGACUUGGAGAGUGACGACCGUACGGAUGUGGUCAUUAGCAGGCUCGAUCAAUUGAUUGGCUUGCUGGAUUCUGGUCUGAGCUCUCGUCGAUGA